AUGUCCACCCACGCCUCAACCAGCAGUGCGCCCCCUCCUCCCCUCCCUCGGCCCCGCACAGUACCCCCCUCCAUUUCCCCCAGCCUCGCCCCCUCCUCCCACUCAACAACAAACACGCACUCCCCCUCCCUCUCGGCCUCCGCCUCCUCCGCCUCGCCCUCAAUCCCCAGCACGCAAUCCCCGGAAACGCAGCGGCAAGUGGCCGAAGCGCGCGCGGCGCUCGAAGCCUCCAUGACGAACAUCGGCUCUUCGCUGGACCGCUCGCUGCGCUCGCGCGCGCAGAACCUCCACGCCAACUCGAAGCAGCUGUCCAAGCAGCAGGCCGACGUCGUGAGGGCGACCGAGGGCCUGCGCCGGGAGAGCGAGAAGCUGGGGAAGCUGGCGGCGGAGGGGGGGCGGCGCGUCAAGGAGCUGGGGAAUGUGCAGAAUUGGGCGGAGAUGCUGGAGAGGGAUUUCCUGGUGCUGGGGGAGACGCUGAGGCUGGUGGAAAGAGGGAGUGCGAGCGGGAGUGGGAGUGAGAGUGGGAGUAGCUGGGAGAGUGGUAGCGAGGAGGGCGGUAUUGGUGGUGGGAGAGGUGGGAGAGAUGGAGAGGCAUUGCCGGGUUUUGAAGGGGAGUGGAAGUUUGAGGCGGAGGAUGAUGUUUAUAGUACCAUGGGAGAGGGGGGCUUGCAUACUUCUGGGGAGGAGAGGGCGGUUGAUGCGGAUGCAGCGGUGCGGACGAUACCUGGUUUGUCGGUGACGGCGGCUAUGGAUGCGGAGGGGGAUACGGUGAUGGAUGAUGCUGAAGGGGCGCAUAUGGACAAAGGGAAGGGGAAAGCUGUUGAAGCUUUGGCAGAUAUCGCUGUGAGUGCUGAUCCAGUUGUCGGAGGCUUGACGCCGGGUCCAACGACUACAGGAUCCGGGUAUGAUCCUGCUUCUGGUCCUGUUCAUACGGCAGCAUCUACGGCCCGCUGA